UGGGCUUGAAAGAAGGGACUGUGCCAGUUAGUGACUAUAGUAUUUUCCAGUCUUUUCCACAGCCGCAACAUCUUGACAGUGCCAAUGACCACAGGCAAGAUCACAGGCAGUGGAAUUGGUGGCUCUGCAGCCAGGACCCUGGACACGGAAUGCCUUCUAGUGGAGAAGCAGUCAUGGCAUGGCCUGAGCCAAGAAAACAGACAAAGUUGGAGCUGUGGGCAAGUCAGAACUUAAGGGGAGAAAGUUCAGUCAGGGAGGCUGAGGUGUGGAGGCUGCAGAGGUGGGAGGAGCCAGGAGAAGUAGGUAAAUGAACAGCUGAGGCAGAGGCCUCUGUGCCAGGGAGCACGUGGCUGGCUGAUUCUCCCUGAAGAAUGGACUUUGGGAUGCUUCUGCCAGUUCUUCCCCCAGCUGCCCUUUCCUCCUCCCAGUCCACAACUCUCCAGGGACUGGGUCACCCUGGACCUUGCUACUUCCUGCUCUGGCAGUCACCUCUCAGACACGAUGGAGCUGUGGAUACAGCUGAAGCAAGCUGGCCUAGAACCCUCCGGGCUGGGUCCACCUCCCGCAGCCCUGAGGAUCCCCCCACCAGAGGAGAGCUUUAGCCAGACUGUGCUAUCACCAGGGCCAGACUCCGGGGCAGCCAAUGAAAGCCUGCUGUGGAUCUGGGAGGAGCUGGGGAACCUGCGCAGAAUGGAUGUCCAGCUGCUGGGCCAGCUGUGCAGCCUGGGGCUGGAGAUGGGGGCUAUUCGGGAGGAGCUGGUUGCCAUCCUAGAAGAGGAGGAGGAGGAGGAGAUCUGUGAAGAGGAAGAAGAGGAGGAGCCCCAGGGGAAGCAGGAAGAGGGACACCUGGGGGUCUUCAGCCUCUCCUCACGCCUCCCUGACUUUGAGAUGACUAUCUGAGGUGCAGCUAGAACUGAGAUUUGAACUCAGGGCUUUCUCCUUUGCUGGGCAG